AUGAAGUCAGUAAUAAUAUCUCUUCAUCAGGCGAUUGCUAGUCUCCUGGUCUGUCCACGUACCCAGCCAGGCCAGCGGCUUCCCUAUGGCCUUGGCAGUCCGCUCUGUGUAGCAGUGUUUCCUGAGUUCGAAUUUCGCCGGCCAGAUCCAGUUUCUCGAGUAGCCUUGCUUGAUGCUUUGCUUGGUGUUUCUGGAGCCUCCGACCUUGGAUCUGUCUCAGCCGUGGCAGAAGACUUUAAGAGCCAAUUGACAGGGCGGGACACUGCUAGAGUAACGGAGGGUCGUGAUCCGAAACGUGACGAGUCUGGUGGAUGGCCGAAGCUCCAGUGCACCCCAGCAAUGUGCCUGAUCUUUGUCUCUCAUGAGAGCCAGGCAUAG